CGCAAUUCCGUUUGCGAACGGUGAUACUCCCUUCUAUCUUUUUUUCCUUCUCUUUUUUAUUUCGUUCUCUCGGACUCUCGACAGUCGUUUAAGAGGAUAUUGGACGCCAUUGAACGUUUGGUUCUGUUCCCAGCCGGCGCGGAGGACACAGUGAAUAGUCGUGCGCGCGUGUUUGCCAGUCGACGUACAGGUCGAAACGCAAUCCUGCCCGCGGGGUAGUAUGGGGGAGUGCGGGAGAUAGAUCGUCUUCGGGGUAAUCUGGCGUUGACGUGACCUAGCCUAACGUAACUUUUGUUUGGGACAUCGGUGGCCCACCCACACCAUCAUCCCCCGCCGGCCAUCCCUCGUUCCCAAAGCUGGUGCUCGUGUGUGUGUACACUUUUCUGGAGUGUGUGCGACUGCUUCGACGGGGAACAACUUCGCGCGUCUACGCGGUGUAUGUGCUCCCGAGGGUUGUUCUUAGUGCAUCUGCAAUGUGAGCAUUCGGCACGUGGACGUCCCCGAUUCGCUCGGAGAACAACGUGCAGGAUAUCGGCAGCCUGGUUUCCAAGAAGCAGCCAAAGAUGCUGUGAGACAUUCGACGCGUAGCAAUCGGGUAUUCAAUGGAAUUCACACCCGGCGAUUGUAGCUGUAUAUGAAGCUGUUUCGGAUAUCGGCGAGAACACUCACCACCUUGCGGCCAUCACGAUGCCAGGAACGUGCUUGAUGACCGAUGCGGUCAGGAUCGUCGACAGUUAGUGAUGAGGAGGAGCAAGUUGUCGGCGUGCCGAUGGCUCAGGUCACCAGUAACAUGCCAGUUCUCGAUCACAGACCAGACCCAGGUCCUCUUCGAGGACUUCUCAUCGGCGUUUUCGUUCUGUUGUACCUGCCACGGUGUCACUGCUAUGGCUCAGGACAAUGUACCGCGGCGCUGGGUAUGGAGAAUGGCGAAAUCCCCGAUGAAGACAUAUCGGCCAGUUCUAUGUACGAUCCCAGUCUUGGGCCGAAACAUGCCAGGCUGAGACAAGACAAGGGCGGCGGCGCCUGGUGCCCGAAAAAUAUGGUCACGAAGGAGGGCAAGGAGUACUUGGAGGUGAAUCUGCACAACCCACGUGUACUAACGUCUACCAGGACCCAGGGUAGAUACGGGAACGGCCACGGGGUCGAGUACACCGAAGAGUACUUCGUCGAAUAUUGGCGACCCGGGUUCAACAAGUGGGUGCGAUGGAGAAAUCGACGUGGCAUGGAGCUUCUAGCGGGCAACAAUAAUCCUUACACAGAGGAAAAGCAGAUCUUCGACCCGGCGAUCGUGGCUACAAAGGUCCGUUUCAUCCCUUACACCUCCCACAUGCGCAUGGUAUGCUUACGGGUGGAGCUUUAUGGCUGUCCAUGGACCGAGGGUCUGGUGUCGUAUUCCAUGCCCCAAGGAAUUAAGAGGGGUUCGGAGGUUGACCUUUCAGACAGGACGUACGACGGCAGGGAGGAAGGAGGUUACCUCUCGGGGGGGCUCGGUCAACUUGUCGACGGGCAAAAGGGUCCUGACAACUUCAGAUUGGACGUCAGUGGUAACGGGAAAGGAUACGAAUGGGUCGGUUGGAGAAACGACACGCCCAGUAUGCUUGGACAUCCCGUUGAAAUAACUUUCGAAUUCGACUACUCUAGGAACUUCACUGCCAUACACUUGCACACGAACAACUAUUUCACCAAGGAUGUGCAGGUCUUUUCUUACGCGAAGGUUUAUCUUGGCGCGGGUGGAAACCAGUUCAACGGAGAGCCGGUCCAGUUCUCCUACAUACCGGAUCUGGUGUUGGAGCAGGCACGUGAUGUUACCAUAAAGCUUCACUCACGUGCAGGUCGCUUCCUGAAACUGCAGCUGUAUUUCGCGGCGAGGUGGAUCAUGCUCAGCGAGAUUAUCUUCGAAUCGGUAAUCUCCGAAUGGAACAACACCGACGAUGAAGAGCCGAGGAACAAGAGUGCCAUUGUAUCGGCGACUGGCAGCCCCUAUCAGAAUAACGAGGGUCCAUUGCAGAGAGACGAAGUGAAGGCCACUUUUAAUAAGGAGGAAAACAACGAUAAUGCCCUUCCAGAGAAAAGCAAGGAGCCAGAGUCCAAGCAAUUCGUCGGCCUGGUCAUCGGGAUCCUGACUACUGUGAUCGUGAUGCUACUGGCCGCGAUCAUGUUUAUUUUCUACAGGAAUCGAAGACUCAAGGCUGCCCUCGCACCGUCUACGUUCUACGAUCAACACGGCGAUCUGAAGGUCUCCGUGCAGGAGGAGGGUGAGGACAAGGGACCAAUUUGCCCUCCGCUUCCGGCGCAGUACCACGCGGCUGCCUACACCACGACGACACCGCAACUACACAAAACUAUCACGGAUUACAGCGGGAUCACGGAGGCGCAGCCGGUUAUUCCGCUCUUGCUGAACACGGCGAUCAAUCUUGCCAGGCCAAUUCCGCCGGUUCAAGAAUAUCCAUCUAAUCCGCCACCCAUACCACCGCCGCCGGAAAAGUAUUACGCCAGUACGGAGAUCUGCAAGAAUUCCCUGCCGCCGUUGCCGCCGUCGCCGACACCCAGCACGCCACCGCCAAUGAGCGCGAAAGCCUCCAGUAGCAUGACAAGCUACAGUCCCGAGGAUAUGCUUACAGAAGAGGAAGACGAGGUGCCCGAGUGCAUCUUAGACUUCCCCAGGGAGAAGCUCAACAUCGUUGAAAACCUCGGCUGCGGAUACUUCGGCGACGUUCACAUUUGCGAGGUCGACAGGUUUCCCGGAUACGACGAAGUUUUCCGGAACACCAGCAGCGACCUCGUGAUCGUUAAGUCCCUGAGACCUGGAUCCUCGGAUGCGCUUAGGAUAGAAUUUCAACAGGAGGCAAAAAGAGCGGCACGUUUGACCGAUCGGAAUGUCGCGCGGCUACUAGGCGCCAGCCUCGAAGACGACCCCAUGUGCAUCGUAUUGGAAAACGGCGAGUACGGGGAUUUGAAUCAAUAUUUGCAGAGCCACAUCGCUGAAACGUCCACCGUGCACACUGCCAAGACACUCAGUUUCGGCACGUUGGUUUACAUGGCCACGCAAAUAGCAUCCGGUAUGAAACACCUCGAGGAAAUGGACUUCGUGCAUCGGGAUCUCGCCACAAGAAACUGCUUGGUGAGCCGUGGUUACACGGUGAAGGUAUCGGAUCUGGGUUCUGGAAGAAGCGCCUACGCAGCUGACUACUUUCGAGUCGAUGGUCGACCACCACUGCCAAUUCGAUGGAUGGCCUGGGAAUCCAUGCUGAUGGGAAGACACACGUCGAAAAGCGACGUUUGGGCUUUCGCGGUGACGCUCUGGGAAAUUCUAACAUUCGCGCGGGAGCAACCGUUCGAGGAGCUCCCCGACCAUCGCAUCGUCGAGAACGCGACUUAUUUUUACCAAGAGGACGAGAGGAGGAUCAUCCUCCCGUUGCCCAAGAACUGUCCCAAGGACGUCUACGACCUGAUGCGCGAGUGUUGGCAACGUAACGACGUGGAUCGACCGAAUUUCCGCGAGAUCCACCUGUUCCUUCAACGAAAGAAUCUCGCUUAUAAGCAUAGCGACACGAACGACACCUGAUACAGAGAACUAGAAGGCUGGAACCUCAUCCGGCUUUCUAUGAUCGGCGAGCUGAAUGGAAAUUGGUGGCACAGCCCUUCGACGACCAAGUUACACCAAGUCAGACCAAGUUAGUACCUAGGGUGGCCCACCGUUCGAGAUGACGAUCGAUGAAUCGUCUUGGAUUGAAAGGUAAAUCGUCGGUAAAUUGGUCACGUUCAUCCAUCAACGCGGAGACUGAUCGAGUCGUUCUCCGUUUUGGAAACGUAUCCGAGAACCGAUCCUUGACGUUGAGCGCUAUCAUAGUAUACGUUGGCGUAUAUACCAUGAUAGAUCUUCUAUUCCGUGGUGCCACUCGUGGUGAAAUUUUCAGCAGUCAGCAUACUAAUUCCAUAUCGAUGUCUCACUUUCACGACUGUAUCGUGAUUCGAUCGGUCGAUCCAGGAGAAUCGUGUCUCAAACAUUUGUAAAUCGUGUUCCUUCGAACGUUCGUUGCGUACUUUUCGAUCACUGGGUACGCGGAGGGAAUCGUCUAGAUCAGUGUUUCCCGAAUUUGUACAUGGAACGCUGGUGUUCCAUGAAAAAGCGUAGAUAACGUUUAAGAAAAUAAGGUAAAAUAAAUUUUGCAUACUUGCAGCGUAUAGCACUUUCAUAUUGUUGUAGUAUUUAAUAUUAUUUUCUUUUCAAUUAUUAAUGUACUAACAUAUUAAUCGUAACGAAGAGGUAACAGUGUAUCGAUGUAUGGUUACUACAAGAAAAAUGUACAAAGUAGUGACAUUCAUUAUUAUUAAUUAAAAAUCAUCGUUAUGCAAACAUAGCUUGAAUUUUCAACGGAUUUGAUCGUUUUCAUGUAUGUAUUUUUAUUUUGAUGUUACUUUCGAAGAUGAAAUUUAUUAGUUUCGUGAUUCUCACAUCGAGAAAUGAGUGCAAACGUACUGUAAAUAGAUUGCGAGAUGUAAAGUGUCCCCGUGGCAAAAAAGUUUGGUAAACGCUGAUCUGCACGAUGAUUUCGUGUCACGACGUCCGGCACGAAAUGGAACGUUCCUAUCGUGGGCCAAUAGAUAGAGAGCACGUUCGAUAAAUCGCACAUACGCUAUCCUGAAAUUGAUACUGUCGGCAAACAAGCUUAUGAUACCCACCACAACGGCACUCGCGUCACGUUCAGAAUACACGCGGUCAGGACUUUGAAAAUUGUCGAAGACGCAUCCUUUUCUUCGCCCAGAGAUGGGUCAAAUUCUCACGUAUUAAACGAAUAAACAUAAUAUUCGACCUGUCGUUUGUUCGAUACAAAUCACAAACUGAAAUUAUAGAUGGAAUCAAAUUACGUGUCACAUUGAACAAACAACAGCUUGUCUGGAUACAGUCGAAUAAAUGUUGCGAGUAAUUCGCUACUUAGAGCCUUUAUUCGCUCGUUUAUCGUUCGAAUAAAAUUCUGCGCAUCUCUGUCCACGCAAAGUCUACACUUCGCUUCUUUACCUCGAGAAACGCGGGUGUUCGAGAACUGAAAGGAAGCAAUUUCUAAAUGGUAAUAACAAGACUAACAAUUUGUUCGAUAAAUCGGUGAUAAGCUAUCUGUUGGUUGAUCCUUCUUGAAACUAGUGAUGUUAAUGUACGUUUCUAACGAAUCGAGUUGAAAGAUAAUUCAGUGCGACGGUAAGACACCCGAGGGUAUUUGUA